AUGGGCAUUCUAGCAGAGAUGAAAAAAGGUCUCUUAACAAACUCUUACCAAAUUUUUCAAAGUCCAAAUUCUCCCCUUCUUAUCGGCAUUCAUGCUAGACACGGGAUUGAUUUAACUAUGCAUCAGAGGAAUCAGCGUUAUGGACAUACUGUGGCUACCUCUGAAUAUUACAAAAACGCUAUGGAAUUUUUUACAAAAAAAAUUAAAAAUAAUUUGAUAAUAUUUUUGGUUAUUUCUGAUAAUAUGUCUUGGGCAAAAAGAAAUAUUGGAGGAAUUGAAGGAAAUGAAAAAAGAAUCUUUGUUGGAAAGGAUAGUUGA